GUUGCCACAAAGAAACCCUACUCUAUUUUUAUAGUCUGCUUGUAGUCCUUAGUCAUCGCCAUUUACUGUAUACACAUACAUUACUAAAGAUAGUAGCAAUUGAAAGAAAAUUAACUGAACUUGUGUAUUGUUAGUGUGUUUAUAUAAUAAAAAGAUUUCAAUUAUAAAUAUAAAUACACACUCAAAUUCGUAUCUAUUCAAAAACAUAGAUCAUAGAAUACAAUAGAAACUUGUAUAAGUAUACAGUUAUAUUUUUAUAUUAGAUUGAAAGACAGAAACUGAUUAAUAUGGUUGUUGAUUCCACUUACUACGAUUUGUUAGGAAUCGAAACUAAUGCGACAUCGUUAGAAAUUAAGAAGGCAUAUAGGAAAGCCGCUAUAAAAUUACAUCCUGAUAAGAAUCCUAAUGAUCCACAAGCAGCAGCUAGAUUUCAAGAAGUUGGUGAAGCAUAUCAAGUAUUGAGUGAUGAGAAAUUACGAGCUACAUACGAUAAGUAUGGUAAACAAGAAUCAAUUCCAAAGGAAGGUUUUGAAGAUCCUACAGAGUUUUUCUCAAUGAUAUUUGGAGGAGAAGCUUUUAAAGAUUGGAUUGGAGAAUUAUCAUUACUUCAGGAAUUAUCCAAAUCUGCUGAAUUACAAAGUCAUGAGGAAGAUGAUAAAGCAAAAUCUCAGGAAACUUCUUCAAAGGAUAAGAGUUCUGCAUCUACUAAAUCUGAUACUAAACAUGCAUCUUCUGGAACUUCAACUACAAACACAACUUCAUAUACAAAUACUAAUACUCAUGCUCAUACUUCUGACAAUAAAUCAUCUGAUGUAUUUUCUUCAGAAGAGCCAAAUUUUUCAUCAAAUAGUGGUAAACUAUUCUUACACAAUCAAGAACAUGAAGGCAAUGAAAUAUCUCAUAAGGAAGAAGAAGAAAAGAGAAAGAAAGAAGAAUUAGAAAGAAUUGAAGAAGAGUUUAGAUUGAAAAAGAUUGAAACUAGAAAUCAAUUGAUUAAGAAACUCACAGAAAAAUUAUCACUAUUAGCUGAAACGGAUAUGGCAGAAGAUGUUAUACAAGCAUUUAAGUCUAAAAUAGUAUAUGAAGCAGAAUCUUUAAAAAUGGAAAGUUUUGGAUUAGAAAUCUUACAUACUUUAGGAUCAAUUUAUAAGACUAAACUGAAAAUCUUUCUUAAAAAUCAAACAUUUUUUGGAUGGGGAGGAUUUUGGACUUCAGUUAAAGAAAAAGGUGGUGUUGUAAGAGAUACUUUUAAAACUGUUUCCAAUGCUUUAGAUGCUCAAAAGACUAUGCAAGAAUAUGCUAAGAUGCAAGAAGAUAAUGAAUACCAUGCAAAAAAGGAAGCUGAAGAGGAAGAAGUUAAAAGAAAAGCCGAAGAAGAAGAAGCUAAUAAGGCUGAUAAGAAACAAGCUGAUGCUGAUUUAGCUAAAUUAGAAGAAGAACUUGAAGCUAUUAAAAAGGAACAAGAAGAAUUAAAAAAGGAAGGUAAAUCAGAAGGAAAGGAUAAAAAGGAUAAAAAGAGUCCUGAACCUGAAAAACAUACUGCUGAAGAAUUAGCUGAUAUGGAGAGAUACUUAAUGGGCAAAGUGCUAAGAGCUGCAUGGUAUGGAUCUAAAUUUGAAAUUCAAGGUAAUGUUAGAGGAGUAUGUGAUGCUAUCCUUGAUGAUAAAGAUGUACCAUUAGAGAAACGUAUUGCAAGAGCUAAAGCUUUAAGAAUUAUUGGAGAUGUAUUCUCAGCCGUAACUAGAACAGAAGAUGAAGAUGAAGAAGCACGAAUCUUUGAAGAAUUAGUUGCCGAAGCUAGUAGAGAUAGAAAGUCUAAAUCCAGCACAAAAGCUGAUGUGCCAAGUAAAGACUCUGAGUCUACUACACAAUGAUGUUUCAUCUUGUACUCCCAUAAAUAUUCUAUUCUAUUCUAUUCUAUUAUAUUAUAUUAUUUUCGACUUUUCUACUCCUAUAUAUAAACUAUUUAUUGAACGAUAAUGCUGGG